ACUGGAAAGCUUACCUUUCUCUGGUUCUCUGUUGUGAGUGCCUCUCCCCAGCAAGCUUUCCACGAUGGUUGAGCCCUUCUUGGGAACCUGGAAGCUGGUCUCCAGUGAAAACUUUGAGGAUUACAUGAAAGAACUGGGAGUGGACGUUGCAGCUCGGAACGCGGCAGGGUUAGUGAAGCCAACCGUCAGUAUUAGUGUCAAUGGGGAAAAGGUGAACAUCAGAACAGAAAGUUCUUUCAAGAACACUGAGAUCUCCUUCAAGCUGGGGGAAGAAUUUGAUGAAACCACAGCAGACAACCGGAAAGUGAAGAGCAUUAUAACAUUAGACAGUGGCUCAAUGAUUCAGGUCCAAAAAUGGCUUGGCAAAGAGACAACAAUCAAAAGAAAAAUUGCAGAGGGAAAAAUGGUAGUGGAAUGCACCAUGAAUAAUAUUGUCAGCACCAGAGUCUAUGAAAAGGUGUGAAGAAAAGGUCCACAUCAGUGAAAACUUGUUCACUGACAGGGAGCCGAUACUUGAAGAAGACAUAUCUUAGGGCCAGUGAGACAUUUUUAAAAACGUCUCAUUAUAAAUUUGCUCAAUAAAAUCAUCAAAUCAA